GUAUUGUAUUGAGAAGCGCAUCUGGCUUCAGAACUUCAUUCCCUAUAGUGUAGAUAUGCCUGAUACAAGUGGUAGUACGAGUGCUGCAGCCCCAGUAAAGGGCCGAGGUCGCUUUGUUGGGCUGAAAAGUGCGAAUAAACAAAUCACAGCCAGCAAACAGUCUGAUGCAUCUUCGAAUGCGGCAGUCGCUGAGGGACCCACUCCGGACAGCAUCACGGAUGUAGUUCCUGCGACUAAACCCAAGCGCGUGGUCAAAAGCGGUACCAAACGCAUGGUUAAUCGUAUACCCGCAGAUAUAAUGGAGAACGAAGCACUGGCAAAGGCUAUGGAGGCUCUGCCGAAGAAUUACAACUUUGAGAUAUACAAGAGUGUGUGGCGGCUGAGGGCUACCAACUCGAAACGAGUGGCGCUGCAGUUCCCGGAAGGUCUGCUGAUGUUUUCGCUGGUGAUAGCUGACAUCCUCGAGGAGUUUGCGGGUGUGGAGUGUGUGGUGAUGGGUGACGUAACCUACGGUGCGUGCUGUGUGGAUGACUUUUCAGCCCGUUCGUUGGGUUGUGACUUUAUGAUUCACUACGGACACAGCUGUCUGGUACCCAUUGAUACGACGCUGAUCAGGAUGCUGUACGUGUUUGUGGAUAUACAAAUCGAUAUCAAGCACUUUGUGGACUCGGUGAAACACAACUUCAGACCGGGUGCCAACAUUGCGCUCGUGUGCACGAUACAGUUCUCGACAGCGUUGCAGGGUGCAAGAGAGGCGCUUUCAACCGAUUAUACGGUAAUCAUCCCACAAACUAAGCCCCUGUCCCCUGGAGAACUCCUGGGCUGUACUGCACCCAGGUUACAGGACAACGACUACAUACUCUACUUGGGUGAUGGACGCUUUCAUUUGGAGUCUAUUAUGAUCAUGAACCCAAAUAUACCAGCAUACAGGUAUGAUCCAUAUAGCAAGGUGAUCAGCAUCGAGACAUACGACACUGAGCAAAUGCACAGCAUCCGCCGGGCCGCGAUACGGGAGGCGACGAAGGCGAAGACAUUUGGUCUAAUUAUGGGCACUCUGGGCAGGCAGGGAAGUCCUCAGGUUGUGGACGGGUUGAAGCAGCGUAUACUCGCUUCAGGGAUGAAGUGUGUUGAGAUACUUCUCUCGGAAAUCAUGCCGGGCAAGCUAGCUUGUUUCAAGGAUGUCGAUGCCUUUAUUCAGAUUGCCUGUCCUCGUCUGUCGAUUGACUGGGGCUACGCGUUUGAUAAGCCGUUGCUCACCCCUUACGAAGCGUCGGUGGUGUUUGACACUGUCGGCUGGCAAUCGAUCUACCCGAUGGAUUUCUAUGCGGCGGAUUCACUCGGGGAUUGGACACCCAACAAUCCUGCAAACAAACCGCUACCAGUACGGAAGAGCGCACCUUCAGCUGCCAAUAAGCAUACUACUGGUGUAAGCUUGGGGGCGCAACAGUCGACACUAUCGACGACUAGUACUAGCGCGUGUUGUAAAUCGAAACCUGAUACAAAUGACUUGCACGCCAGAACCGGUUGCUGUACAGACACACAAGAUAUAGCACAAGGAUGUUGUAGUAGCGGUCAAUAA